AUGCGCGACCUCUCCGACUGCGUCAUUGCAUUUGGCCGUUCGUUAUUACAGCGUCAUCAAUUUCCGACGCUGGGACCCGGAUUCCCCACCAUCGCGAGCAAGUACAUGAUCGAGUCUCUUUGUAGCCUUCUCAUCCGCGAGGUUGUCGACGACUGGUCGACCACGCUCGAGGGUUGGGGCCGGCAGGAGGCUGAGCUGGGGGUCAUGCGGCGUGCGCGGUCGUGUCCGACGCCGAUCCGCCAGUACGUCCCCGUGCCUGCGUCCGCAAUCCGUUUCAUGCUCGAGUUCGGCUGCCCUGAGACCCUCCCGCGGCGUUCUACCAGCUCUGGACCACCAGCAUCAAGGACGGUUGGAAAACCGGCCGACUACCAUCAUUUCCUGCUCUGGCGCGAGCGUACUGCGACUACGGACAUCGGGACGGACGAGCAGCGAAACACCUUCGAGUGCUUCGAGAUGCUCCCCGCCACGUUUCGGCACGGGUUCAAGGCAGAUGACGAGGAGGAGUUCGACUUUGUGCCGUACCUUAGCUGCUACAUGCGCCUCCAGCGCCGGGUCGGGCGUAACCAUCAAGCCCACAGCACGGUGAUGUACGACUUUGCGUUUGCUCUCGGCAAGGACACAAUAUCGAGCGACAUCCUCAACUCGAUUUCUCUGACGGCGACAUACUGCUGCUCGCAAGAUCGUCAGUCACCACUCAAGGUCAAUGUCGAUAUCAACUACUACGAGCUCGAUCCGACAACUCCUCUUCUGAUGAGCGGUGCCAUCCGCCUCGCCCACAAAUACCUCAUCGAUUCUCUGCGUACGCGCCUCAUCCGCCAAGUGUCGGACGACUGGCCGCUCUCUCUGCACGAAUGGGACCAGCAAGAGGCCGAGGCGCUCGCCAUCGCCGACGCCAUCGCAACAGACCCUGCGGCGCGGCCCGUUGGGUCUCAGCACCUCGCUGAUUGCGUCCCCGAACCCGCGGCCGCAAUCCUCGCGCGCAUCCGCGCGGACGACGACUGGCCUGCGACAUCACCGCCGCGCGUCCACGGCCUCGGGCGGCGGCGCGGAGUCGCCACAUCGCUCAACCUCACCCCUGCCCCUGCCGCCGCUCGUGCGCCUCGCGCGCUGGCCCCUCCUCGGGCGCGACACGCUGCUGCGGUACAUGCGCGGCUGCGCGCGCCUCGACGACUUCCAACGCGGCGUGCUCUCCCCGAGGGCAUCGGCGGCGCGCUCAGCGCGGCGUGCCGGCCGUGGUGGGCGUGGCCCGGCGUCGCGCCCGCGGGCGGCGCGCGGGAGUUCGAGGACGCGCGCGCGCACCCGUGCUUCGAGUUCCUCCGGGCGCUCUUCGAGGACGCGUGGCGGCGGCAGGGCGAGGCGGCGGGCGCGCGUGGGCGCGACCCGCUGCGCGCGCUGAAGGAGUGCCUCGAGUGGGAGCGCGCGCCGGCGCAGGUGCGGAGGGCGUGCCCGCAGGGGCUGUGUCGGAGGUGCGCGGGGGCGCUGGAGGGGUGGGUGCCGGACAUGCGGCAGGCGUUGUGGAAGCGGCUCCCGGAGUACUUCGAGCUUGUGUGA